AUGGUACGGCGUGGACUUGACCUGCUCGGUGGCAUUGCUGGCUGUGGUGAACUGGCUGAGAUUGCCGCCUUGGAUGCUAAAGGCAGAGUGUGCAAGCGGCGCAGAGUCGAAGAGUGUCCGGCGCACGUUAUCGGCGAAGGCGGGAGUGAGUUCCAAGACCUGGCGAGUGUGGACAUGAGUGCUGACAGCAGAGUAGCCGCGAACAUGCAGCCACCAACCAACUCCCGCAUCAAGACUGAGCCUGGUCUCAACCCAGCUCCCGUCACCUCCACCAACUCCACCACUGGCCAGCAACAGUCGAUCCAGGUGAUCGACUUGUCGAACGAGGGUGACGAGCAGCGUCAGUCUUCGAAGUCUCAUGUCUGGUGA